AUGUCCGUGGACGAAGAAAAACUUCUCUUCCAGAUGUGGGCUCUGGCGGAGCCGACCGUAAACAACAUUUUACUGCAGAAGACGCCGGUGACCCCAUCUGCGUGGAUCGAAACUUAUCACCGAAUUUAUUCUAUGUGCGUGAGCGAGCCGUGGUGCGUUGGCGAGUCUUUGUUCAAGCGCAUUGAGAUUUGUUUAAAAAGCCAGAUUUCGAAAAUUCACCAAGAUCUGAAGAAGAAGUCAGACUUGGCGGAUUAUUUGAAGGCUUUUAACAACGCCUGGAAGCAGUACAGCAAGGCGUGCGAGCUACUCAACAACCUUUUCCAGCCAUUGAAUAACCAUGCUAAAAUAUAUGCAAAUGAAUCGAAUUGCGCCCAGCGAGAAGAUAUCAAACAUCUGGGCUUCAAUAUGUGGAAGAAUGCUUUUUAUGAAACGAAAUUGAUCAAUCAAAUCGUGGACCUGAUGUUGGAAGGCUUCAAGGACCCGAGAAGAGGCUUCCUUUCAGACGAAAAGCAAAAAAUAAUGAUAGAAGUCUUAAAAUCAUUUAAAGAUCUCGACAAAAUCAUUCCGUCGGAACAGUUGGUGCACGAAGAAGCCACAACGCUGCUCCUGGAGGGCUUGAAAAAUUCUUACACUCCAUUAUUUGUCGAAUUCUCGAAAGAGAUAGACUCAUUCGUCGAAUAUUUGGACAAAGCAAUCUCAUUUUGGAAAAAUGAGGAAAAACUGUGCAGUCUGCUUUUUGACUCGGGAUCGGUAGAAAAACUGAAAGCUUCGUUCGCGGACAAUUUGAUUGAGCAGAAAGAGGAUCGAAUGUUGAGCGAAUGCCAACUGUUUGUAGAGGAACGGCGCUACAAAGAUUUUGCGUGUAUCCACGCAAAAAUAGAGCAGUUCUACCAAAAACCUAAUACUCGACUGGUACCGAUUUUCCACAAAUUUUUCAAAAAAAUGGCCUUUGAGAACUUAUCCAGAGAGAAAAAGGAGGAAGAGGCGCUGGAGGAAAUGUGCAAAAUGUACAUGAAACACAGAAAGGAACUGGUCGAAAAGGAUCUAGGGGACCACCCUUUGUUCGUAACAGCUCUGGAAGAAGCUUUAAAAGACGUGGCAAACCAAAUUAAAUCGGAUCCUAAUGAAUCUGCGAAAAGGUUGGUGAAUUUCUGUGUCUCUGUACUGCUGAGCAAAGAGCCUGAAGAAGAGGAAUUGGACGUGAAACUGGACUUCACGCGAGUGCUGUACCAGAAUUUGGAGAACAAAGAUGUCUUUGAGAAUUACUACUUGUUGCAUCUUUCUAAACGACUGCUCACUGGAACCUCACGCACGAUUGAACUGGAGGAAAAAAUUCUUUCAAGAUUUGACGUAAGAGAUUAUUAUCACUGA